ACAAAGAAAAAAAAAACUCUCCCACCUCAUCUGUCCCAUCUCGCCCGGCCGCGUCCCCUGUUCGCUUCCACCUCCUCCUCGCAAGUCGCACGCCGCCCAAACCCUAACCCCGCCGGCGCCGCCGACUCCCCGCCAGCCACGAAGGGCGAAGGCGGUCGGCAGCCUGAUGCCCAGCCGCCCGCGGGGGCCAUGGAGCUCGUCCCCUUCAAGCCCGCGGCCGGAGCCCUCGUCGAGGCGGUCGGCGGCGGCUCGAUCCCGGCGAUGGUGGCGGCGCAGCAGGAGCAGCUGCACGCGCAGGUGGGCCAGCUCCAGCGCCUCGUCGUCGCCCAGUGCCGCCUCACUGGCGUCAACCCGCUCGCCCAGGAGAUGGCUGCUGGUGCAUUAUCGAUCAAGAUAGGUAAAAAGCCAAGGGACCUGUUAAAUCCAAAAGCAGUCAAGAUCAUGCAAUCAAUUUUUGCUCUGAAAGAUAACAUUGGCAAAAGAGAAACUCGGGAAAUUAGUGCGCUUUGUGGAGUUACUGUUACACAGGUAAGGGAGUUUUUUGCAAGUCAGCGUACACGAGUAAGAAAAGUUGUUCGUUUGUCACGAGAAAAAGCACUCAAAAUAGAGGCAUUGGAGGCAUUGGAGGCAUUGGAGGCACCCAACGGUGUAUGCUCCAUGAGCACUGAGCAGACACCUGUUGACAUUGAGGCACACGCUCAACUUGUUGAACCAUUGAGAACUUUAGAACCAUUAGUGAUGUCACAAAGCUCUUCACAACUUGUGGAGGUCCCACAGAACUCUUUACAACAAGCCGAGGUCCAGCAGAGCUAUGCAACCGCUACCACUCAUUCAGGAACAAUGCAACCAACUGAUGCUAAGAUUAAUCCAGAUUUAGCUCAGAAGGAAACUAAACAAGAGGAAGUUGCAGCUGGUGUUGAGUCAGAAGAUAAAAAGUUUUUGGAAAGUAUCUUUGCUCGAAUGCGGAAGGAAGAGACAUUCUCUGGACAGGUCAAACUGAUGGAAUGGAUUCUUCAAAUAAAUAAUGUAACAAUUCUUGGUUGGUUCUUAACAAUGGGUGGUCUGCCUAUUGUGUCAACAUGGCUGAACCAAGCAGCUAUGGAGGAGCAAACGACUGUUAUUCUCAUCAUUUUCAAGGUGCUUCUUCACCUCCCACUACAUAAGGCUUUGCCAGCCCACAUGUCAGCACUAUUGCAAACUAUGAACAGAUUGCGGUUUUAUAGGACACAAGACAUAUCCAGCAGGGCCAGGAAUCUUCUCUCCAGAUUAAGCAAAGUGCUUGUACGAAGUCAGGCGUCAAAGAAACCUCAAAAGGAUUUGAUCUGUAAACAAAGGAUAAGUGAAAUUCUCCGUGAUGAGUCCUGGAGAUCUGAAGUUGAUAUUACUGACGAGAUCCUUGCCUUGACCGAAGGUGCAAGUGAGAGCAGAAAGCCUGAGCCCAGGAAAACUCCGCUGCUGCUCACUGCUUCUGCCGACGAGCCAUAUAAAAAAAGUUCUGUGCAGACAAAGUCCAAAGAAAGAAGAAAAGUCCUACUUGUAGAGCACCCAAAUCAGAAAGCUACUGGGAAUAACGUUCACUCUGUCAGGAGCAUAUCUACAAAUAGUAGCAGACCAUUAUCUGCAGAUGAUAUCCAAAAAGCAAAGAUGCGUGCGAUGUUUAUGCAGGAAAAGUAUGGCAAGCGUGACACGGGUAAAGGGACUGAUAAAACAGAGAUGGCAGAAAUUAAAAAACCAUCUGGCUUAGUCAACUCGGAUGUGCUGCCUAUGCCCAGAAGUCCCCCUGUGUCUACCACAAAACAACCUGUUGACCCAAGCCCAUCUACUUCUAAACACAAUACAGUGCCUUUGCCUGAUAAGCCAGAAAUCCCUGUCAGUCCAAAGCCAAACAUAACUUCCAGAGAGAACUCUAGAGAGAAAUUGGAUUCCAAGAGAGUUCUUUGGCAGAUACCACCAGAGGUAUGGAUAGACCCCUCAUGGACUUUAAGUGCUGGGGAAAACAGCAAGGAGCUUGAUGUUCAAACACAGAGAAAUCGACGGGAGAAGGAAACUUUUUAUGCAAGUCUAAAUGAUAUCCCGUUGAAUCCCAAGGACCCAUGGGAUUUAGAAAUGGACUUUGAUGACAGCCUGACCCCGGAAAUUCCAACUGACCAGCCAUCAGAUGCUGACACUAUGGAGGUGGAUGACGUAGGAACAGCCCCUCCUAGCAUUUGCUUUCCUGAUGAGAACAACCAUGUUGGAUCAACCUCAUCUUCAACAGUUGCUGCUGGUGCAAAUGGUGCAGCUUCUGAGCCAGAUCUUGAGCUGCUCGCAGUGCUGCUCAAGAAUCCACAGCUCGUGUUCGCUCUUUCAUCCAAUCAGGUGGGGAACCUGCCAACCGAACAGACUGUUGCGCUUCUGGACAUGCUGAAGAAGACUGGCCUUGGACUUCCAGAGCUGGUAAAUAGUCUGUCCAACGGUACUGGGGUUCCAAAAGCGUCUGAACCUGGCCCGGAAACUAUCCCUACUUCACUUCCAUCGCCGACUCCGCCAGAAGAUUUUCCAGCUAGUGCAAGCUGGAGAUCUGAAUUCCCAACGCAAGUGAGGGCUCCAAACUUGCAGCAGGCGCAUUUACCGAGUAGAGGGAAUACAUCUCUUGUUGCAAGCACAAUGCACCAAAGCUUCUCAAAUGUUGUUAGUCCGUUGCCUUCACAACCUUAUACUUCGAUUUCUGCUUUGCCGGCGCACAUCCAAACAAACAUCCCAUCAUCACCUCAGUUGGCUGUUUCGGUAAAUACACUAAAUCAACAUGUUGCACCCGUGAAUGACCUUCUGAACGGGGCUGCGGUACAUCGGCAUACCCAGUCAUAUGCUUUGGCGUCUGACGCUGCUGCGGGGGGCAUCCAGCAGCAUCCAGCAGUAAAUAAACCAGCACAUGAAUUCCAGAACAUCUCAAACCCUGCUUUGGCACCAGCCUGGCAAUCUAGUGCCGCUAAUCUUGCUAGCACUGGACGAAAUACAACACCUGAACCAUGGGCAUCCCGCACAACUAAUUCAUUCAAUGAUGCCUCGAUGCCCUAUCUUAACCAGAGUGCUUACAGCAACCAAAGCACACAGAGCCCAUACAAUUCGUAUGCUUCUAUGUCAGUCUCUUCCCAGGGACUGGACAGAAAGGGUUACACUCGAACAGCGGAGUACCAAGUGUCGGGGCGUGGCACCCACCAGCGACAUUCACUAUCCCCUGAGCCUGGUGCUGCCAGAGUCUUUGGUGGCGCACAAGCUUAUGUCCCAGAGCCCUUGGACGUGGGGAAUUAUGGGCGACAGAACUACAAUCCUGAGCCAUCAAGGGACUGGAGAUCUGGGCAACAAAGCUAUGCUGCGGCAGAACCUUCAAGUCAGUGGAGCUCCAUUCAACAGAGCUACCCUCCUGCGGAGCCUUCGAGGCAGUGGAGCUCCGGGCAGCAGAGCUAUGUUCCAGCCGACCCUUCAAGCCAGUGGAGCUCCGGGCAACAGGACUACAAUCAAUCUGACAUUUCAAGGCAAUGGAGCUCCGCCCUGCAGACCUACGCCCGUGCUGAGCCUUCGAGGCCAUCAUGGAACACGGCUAAUCAGGUGCAGGUCCCUGAUACAUCAAGGCAAUGGAGUCUCGGGAAUCAAGAUUAUUACAAUCCGAACGAUAGUCGAAGCUCGUAUGAUCAGCGUCAGAGGAGACGAUGAGAGUGAGCUGUACAUUAUUAGCUACAUAUAUAUAGUUCUUGGAGAGCUCUCUGAUUGUGAUGUUUGAUUCAUUGCUCCGGCCUUUGCGAAUUGACACAGAGGCCAUCGAGAAAACUGUAUACAUCAUGUAAUGUAGCAGUAGGGCGGCGGGGAGGAAACAAAAAGAAAAGUGAAACAGGAAAACCAUUGUAGAGGAUAGGUCUGAAUCCAAUGAUAGCCAAAUUUCAUCUC